AUUUCACUUCAGUGAAGUGACUGCCGACGACACGUAUCGCAGCGAGUCGCUUUCUUAUUAUUCACCUGGUGUUUUAACACAGCCUGAGCACUGAUGUCAGCAAAGCGUGCCAAGCCCAACUUAAGUCAAUCUCAGGCAUCUGAGAUGGUCAAGAGGCUUUUCGGGCUGACUCCAUUAGAAAUGCGGCCUUUGCCCAGCUACGAUGACCAGAACUUCUGUGUGGCACCUGUGGAGGGUGGCGAGUAUGUCCUGAAGAUCAUGAACUCGGAGGACAGUAAGAACCAUGCCCUGAUGGAGGUGCAGACGUAUGCCAUGUCGUUCUUGCACCAGAAUGGACUCCCUGUUCAAACAGCCCUGCCCACCACCUCAGGAGAGCUCAUGACUCUGGAAGAAAUAGAUUGCGGCGAUGGCUGUCAGAAGUACCUGGUGCGGCUGCUGACUUAUUUGCCUGGAACUACUAUUUCCAAGGCUCCAUUAACACCACAGUUAUUGUAUGAAACCGGCAAGACAGCAGCCAGAAUGGACAAAGUCCUGCAAGAGAUGAAACACCCUCAUCUUAGUAUUCUGCAGAGGGAGAAUUUCAUAUGGAGUCUGUCAAAUGUUAUCCUCCUGGAAGGAUAUAUCAAGGUAUUAGAUGGAGAUCCUCUUCAGGAGGUUGUGAAGUCAAUCAUUAAUCAGUACAAGACCUCUGUGAUCCCGAACCGCUCCAAUUUCCGCAAGUGCAUUAACCAUGGCGACUUCAAUGACCUCAAUGUGCUUGUGCAGCCUGAUGAGAAUGACGGCUACAGGAUUUCUGGCAUCCUUGACUUCGGGGACAUGAACAGUGGCUACUACAUCCACGAGCUAGCCAUCACUAUCAUGUACAUGAUGAUGGAGCACCCUGACCCCAUUGAGGUGGGUGGACCUGUCCUUGCAGGUUGGGAAAGCAUCCUUCCCCUCAAUGAGGUGGAGAAAGAAUGUCUCUAUGUGCUUGUGCUGUCCCGCUUCUGCCAGUCUUUGGUUUUAGCUCGCUACUCUGUGACCUUGCAUCCAGAAAAUGCAGAGUAUCUGAUGAUUACAUCCAGGAAGGGCAUCCACAUUCUCCAAAAACUCUGGGAGCUCGGAAAGGAGGAGGUGGAGAAGGAGUGGUUUCAGAGUGCUGCUCAGUUCAGUGACAGAAAGUGAGGAAUAUGUGAAGGAAGCCAUUCACAAUAGGAUGCUUUCACUGAACUUUUUGUCCAAAUGAAUCACGUUUCUAAGAUCUCCAGAUGAAAAUGAUAGAUUAUGCAGAUUGUGCUUUCACAGUUAAAAUAAUGAUUUUAUUUUGAGACGUUGAGACAGACAUAUUAAAGUAGGGAGAGUGCAGCGUGUCUGAAUAAGAGGUAGGUAGAUUAACAAAAACUGUAUGCAAAAAGAAGUACUGUUAAUGAUCACUGACAAGUGAUUACAUUUAAGAAAUUUAAUCAUGUCUCAAUGUCUAAAGUCAUCACGGUUUACACACCUGACUGGGCCUGUGUACCAAGGUGCUACUCUGUAUGAUAACAGGUCACUUGGAUGGACAUUGGACUAAUUUUAUCAUGCCUGACUGGGUCAGAGAUGGUUUUACUAAAAGUCAAGCUAAAUGGUGCUGGAAAUGUCUGUACUGUAGAGUACUGUUUGUCUUCUUUUUUUUUGCUUGGCAUUUUUUAGGUGCAAAAAUUAACAGCUGAAUGACAUGAUGACCAUUAAUAAGGAAAAUAAUGAGUAGGGCUGCCCCCUAAUAGUCAACCAAACAGUUUUGAUUGGUCAGUUGGUUGCAGGAAAAAAAUAAAAUCUGCUCAGCCAAUCAGUCACAGACAGACGUUGUUUACAUGGCCGGUCCCUACAGUUAGUAGAUAGCAA